GACAUAUUGGCAAUGGCGAUGGCGAUGGCGUCCGAGGAAAGCCGACUCCGCCAAAUGUGUCGUGUGGCGUUCUUUUCGCAAAAGUGCAAGGUGUUUUAACAAAUUUGUGACCUUUGUGUUGUUAUUGGAGCCCGAGGUCGUACCUUUCUCCAGGAAUGUAAACGGAAUAAAAAUGUCUCGUCGGAGAUCAAGUAUUGCUAGUUGCCAGCAGGCAACUGCCGGUAAGGUUUGUUUAUUCUGUGGACUAACCGAAGAUAAUGAACUCGAAUAUGGAAAGUUGUACGAGCUCGGACCAAUAGUCACACAUUAUUACUGCCUACUGUUGUCCUCGAUGAUGGAACAAAGAGGUCGCGAUGAACAGGGAAUUUUAGGUUUUAUGUCAGCAGACAUUCAAAAAGAAUUGCGAAGAGGAAAGCGACUAGCUUGCUUUCAUUGCAAAAAAGUCGGUGCCACCUUAGGAUGCUGUAACUCAAAAUGCAAACGCAUCUUUCAUCUUCCCUGUGGAUUGAGAAAUGGAUCGUUGCAUCAAUUCUACGGAGAAUUUAGAUCUUAUUGUAUCAAUCACAGACCGAAACAAUUAAUCGACUCUCGAGUCGUAGAGGAAGUUCAAAACGCAGAAAGUACUUUGUGUUAUAUUUGCUAUGACAAUGUUAAUUACCUGGACAUUUUGAAAACGCUAUGGGCACCUUGUUGUAAGAAAAAUGCUUUUUUCCACCGAAAAUGUGUUCAGCAACUGGCGAAUAGCUCGGGAUAUUUUUUCAAAUGUCCUCUUUGCAACAACAAGAAAGAAUUCCAAGAAGCGAUGCUGGAGCAUGGCAUUUUCAUCCCUUUACAGGAUGCGUCUUGGGAAUUGGUGCCAAACGCUUACCAGGAGUUGCUGUACAGGCAUAAUCAGUGCGAUGCAGAGACGUGCGUCUGUCCUAAGGGAAGGUCACACGCAAGCAGCAAUGCGGGGCCCGCAAACAAGUGGGAAUUGGUUCUCUGCCGAAUGUGUGGAUCUCAAGGAAUUCAUAGGCAUUGUGGCCAUCUCAAAUGGGCUAAUUCUGCGUGGGAAUGCUCCGAAUGCCAAUCAAUUUUAGAUAAAUCCCCAAUUGUAAAUAGACAAAUUCGAGAGGCAACAGCAGCAGGAGAAGCCGAAAACAGAGAUCCACGCUCUGGGGACCUAGAGAGCGACAGUGAGCUUUCCGUCGGACAAGACUCGAACCAACAGACUGAAAACACAAACGAUAAUCCCGACUCCGAAAAUCUCCCGACAGUAAAAGUUAGACCCGGUCCUCUUUCAUACAAAAUGAAAGAAGUAAUGAAAGUUGCCCAGAGUCGACAGAUGACGAAAGACUCUUCGAGUAGUCUCGAGGGGACAAAUUCGUUGACCAGCUUGACGGAAAGUGAAAAUGGCGAUAAUAAAAACAUUGUUGUCGACGAUCCAAAUACCGUGAUUUUACUUGACAGUGACGAGGAGCCCGAAGAUAUCGAGAUAAUUAGCGAAAAACUGAACCCCAAGGUCCUGACAACCAACGACGGUAGAAAAAUUGAAAUAUUUGACAUGAAGCGACACGCCGAGCAACAAGCCAAGGUGAACAACAUUGGGAAUGAGAGUAGUAGUGCAGAAUCUGCCGCAAGACUGAGUUCAGAUUCUGCUGAAAGACUGAGUGCAGAUUCUGCCAAUGUCGCCAAUUCCUCGCCGCAAAAAGAUUCAAAGCCGACGAUUACGAGCAUCCAGACAAUGAAGAAUGCGUCGUCGUCGUCGUCGUCUCCGCAUAAAAUUUCGGGCGACAAGUCUUUACAAUCGAGAGCAAAUGCAGAUACGGGUGAUUCGACGAUUUUAAGCAGAAUGCUUGCGAGUCCAAAUCAGCUGAAUUUCUUAAAUCAGGCGAUUGCGAAUCCGAAAUUUGUUAGUCCGCAUGCUUUGCCACAUGAGUCUAUCAGUCCGGGAACAACUUCACAAAAUCCGAGAGAAAUACGUCCGAAAAGUCUGUUAGAGGAUAAUCCGAGGAUUCAGAAUUCGGCAAGUACUCUCCAAAAUCCGAGAGGUGCAAAUCCGAAUUCACAGAUUUCAAAUUUAAAGUUUAUUACCAAUACGAGAAUACUCAAUCCGCCAAUUGCGAGUCCACAAUUCAGGCCGAAUUUACUUCAACGGCAGACAAAUCCAAUUCUGACCCCUCCAAGACAAUUGAAUCCCCAGACGUUUAAUGAACGAUUGAUGCAAGUCUGGAACCAAAGAAAUACAACUCCAGAGAAUAAUGUGCCAAGUCCUGUGAAAUCAUAUCCCACACCCUCGCCUUCGAAACAAGAAAACACAAGUCCAACGAAAAAUGUGGCUGGAUUUGUAAAUCCGGAAGUGAAAACGGCUCGAGCCCUGCCCUCGAAUGCGCCACAAUUUAUUCAGCCGAAAGUUCUCGAGGAAGAGUCGAGUGGCAUACAAAUCUCAUCGAUAUGUUCCCUGGAUCUGCAGACUUUCGAGAAUUGGGAAACUGAGACAACGAUGGUGACGCCGAAGAAGGAGGAGACUGGGGACUUUCAGUUUAAGAGGAAAGCCGAGACGCCAGGACCCUCGCAGUAUUUUGAGAGGCAGCCUGUCGAUCCGAAGAGGACGAGAAUUUCAGAUCCGGGGAGUUUUACGAGUGUGGGAAAUGAAAUUAAGACGGAAGUGAAGAUCCAGGGUGGUGAGAUUAAGUAUCAGAGUGGAGGGAAGGAUUUGAAUUUUAGGAGUAUAUAUUCGAGGGAGUUUGUGGAGAAUAAGGAUGGCGAAAAGAAGGGACGGUAUAUGCUUUUAAAGAGAAAUUUGGUGGCGGAGGCAUUGGCGAAAGCGAAUAUUACGCAGAGUGAUAUGGUGAAUGCGGGUAUGACUGCGGCAAGUAAUCAACCUUCGACGAGCAGUGUUAAUAUAACGUCGAAUAACUACAUUGCUCUGCCGCAGAGCAAUAUGACGUUUUAUAUGGGGAAUGGAGAGUCGCAGGAGGUUGUUAACAUUGCUGGGAAGAAGGAAGGUGGUUGUAUCUCUUGGGAUUCUAACAGUGUCACGGGGAUGCAGGCACCAGUCCUGCUUCAAUUUUCCCCGGACAUGGUAUUUCACCAAUCGCCGAUUCCGCCAACAAAGUCGGAGUUCGAGCAGAAGAUCAAAGCACCACGAAAGCAGAUUCUCAAAUCGGAAGCGACUCAUUCGAAGACUCCAAAUUCAGCGUCUUAUGCGGCUCAAUCUCAGAAGGCUGCCAUGAGCUCUCAGAAACCUCAAGCUCCUGUGAUUCAGCUGGAUUGAUUCCGGACAACGUAUCCUUAAGUGACGUGAAGUUCAGAGUCUGUGGAUCAGACAUAGUUCAAGUGAUUUUAUACGACAAAUACAGAAUCGACAUCAAGAUGGACAACACUGGAUCGAGAAGCUCCCGGGACUCAGAUU